ACCACCGCCUCUCUUCGUCAACAACGCGUCAGUCCUGGUCAGUCGUCGUCGGCGACGCUUUAUACUGGUAUGCUGCAGUGUAGUGCUCGCGUCGUCCCCGUACACGAGUGACGCGGGUGCGGCCGGGAUUCAAAAGAACUCACAGGGGUGUGCAUCUAUAUGUGCAGUGCGCGUGUUUCAUUGGACAAACAUUUUUAUGAUCAAUUAUCGAUGUUUCGUUUCAACGACUCGACCCGCACUACCUGACGUAUAGGAGAGUGGAAUUUCCCCCCCCCCUUUUUUUUUUUUUUCAUUUCAAUUUUCAUUCGAACGAAAGUGAUCGAUCGUCCGAAACGAGUCCGGAGUCAGUCCUUUUGGUUGAUGGUGUAACAACCCGCGGUGUGGUGCGAAAAAAAAAGAAAAAAAAAAAUGGGCUCCUCGCUCGUCCUCAAGUCGCUGUCCAUCCUCUUGGGGCUGUUCUUCGUCUUUGCCGGCACAACGAAGCUAACCUCCUACACGAGCAAGGAACUUCACAAGGACCUGAGAAAGGAGUACGUGAAGUAUGCGAAGGUCUUCCCGUUGGCGGCGACGCUGGGCUUCAAGGUGCCGAGCAAGUGGUUCAGGCGAGUCGUCGGCUCGUUGGAGAUCAUCUCCGGCUUGGCCAUGGCCCUCGUCCCGAGCAAAAAAAUAAAAAACGCCUCCAACGGCGUGCUCGUUAUGCUCAUGCUGCUGUCGCUUUACUCGCACUACAUGGUCAACGACAAAUUCGAGAGGAUCGCGCCCGCGCUGGUGUUCUCAUUCAUGUUGACGGGUCGGCUGGUAAUAGACUGGCAGCUGCGGCGAAAAGAAAACUUGGCCGCGACGGUCAACGGAGUCGACGAUAGAACGAAGAAGCAAGACUGAAGCCGUGUUCAAGGAAAAACGGAAUCAAGUCUCCAAUUCUUUGGUUUUCACAAUUUUUCGCAUGCCAAGCGAUGGAAACACAACUACUACCUAUGUAUACUCAAUGACGGGUCAUCGUCGUCCAAUAUGAAGAAUCUAGUCAACUCGACAUGCCUACGAUGAAGGAAUAAUGAACUUUGUUGUUAUCGUAUACUAUGUAUAUGCACGUUCGUAGAGGAGCGUUGAUAUAUUUUUUUUUUUAAACAUAAGUGAUUGAUUGACUGUGUGACGAUCCAUGUAGGCUUUUCACGAAAAUAGAGGAGAAAAAUUAAUUGCCAAAAAAAAUAGGACUUUAGUAAAAAAAAUUUACCGCCUUAAAAUGCAGAUUUUUAGACGAUCGAGUCUGCGUUUAUAGUGAAAUAAUUUUAAAAAUGAAAAGAACAAUCGAAUGACGGUAUUGUCAAAGAGACUCGAGUAACCGUAAAACAAGACGAUAAAAACAUAAUACUGUGCUUUUUUUUUUUUUUUUUUUUUAUCUUCUAAGCACGAAACAAACGAUUUUUACAAAAUUUUCUCACUUUAUACUACUCAGGAAAAUUCGCCGAAUAUUUACAAAUAAGUCGAAUAGAACGUAGCCUUGAUCUACUCUUUUGACAUUAAAUCCUGCAGCUGAUGCGCUGCUAAGGUAUUUCUACUCGAAAAUAAUGUUAUUGUUCAUACAAACGUGCACAUUUAUAAACAUAAAUCUAGUUAGGUAGGAUGCAAUUGCACACACGCGCCGAAACAGCAUAAUUAAAGUAGACACGUAUUUUAAACGUGAUGUACGAUCUUAAAAACUCUGUCGUGAUGUUACUUGUUCCAAGUAUUUUAUUUAUUCAUUCAUUAAAUAAAAAUCUAUGAAGUUAUACUUCAAAGAGUAUUUUUCACGAUACAGUACGCGUCAUCAAAUAUUUAUUACCCUUAAUAUGUACAAACACAAAAAUCACAAUAGAUGAAUAGUUUAAUCUUUUUUUUCGAAAUUAAGAUUGUUUUCUCUUCCUUCACAACAAGUAUAUAAAAUACAAUUGUCGAUGUAAAGUUAAUUGUACAAUGUGUUCAUUUAAUAAAUCAGAAUAAGUUUAA